UGAGUUUGCUCCGAAGGAGAAUACGACUUCGCCUUGACUCAGUAUCAAGCUCCAUUCGUGUUUAAUCUGACUCUGCUGAUAAAAAAGGCAUGGGUGUGUUUAGUUUAGUGUUUCACCAUGGGGGAAAUUUUGUGCAAGACAGUCAUAUGUAUUACAGAGGCGGUAUUGAGACUAUUGUUGAAGGUCAGGACGAAGUUAAAUGGAGUUUUUUUGAAGCUGUAAGUCUGGUUAAAGAUUGGGGCUAUGAAGGUUUUAGGCUAUGGAGAAAGAUUCCGCAAAUGGAUGAAGGCUUUACAAAUGUUGUUGAUGAUGUAGGAGCUGCAAAAAUUGGUAAGCAUUGUAUGUCUUAUAAGGUUGAUGGUCAUGUUUGGGUAGAGCAUGGUGUAAAAGGCAUGAUGACCAAGGUGCUAUUACCUAAUGUAGAUGACUUCAACACCUCUAGUGAAGAUGAAUGCAGUGGUGAUGAGGUUGAUGCAGGACAAUGUUUUGAUGACAGUGAAGAGGAUAGAGUAAUUGAAGAAGAAAAAGAACAAUUUGAAGAAAUGGAGGUAGUUGUUCCAGCUAGUGGGAAUAGGGUGGACAUCAAUGGGAAAUCAGUAAGAUUCAAGCUCUGUGCAUCCAAGGACCCCAAAAAGAUGAAACAAAUGAGAAUGCUAAAGAAGGUCAAUGUUUUGGUUCCCAAGAGUGUCUUAGGAUCUUGUUCAAAGAGGAACACAAGCAAAGGUGAAGAUGUGGAUUAUGCUAGUGAGGAACUUGAAAGUGAUGAUGCUGAUGAAAGUGACAUAGAUGACAAACCUUCCAAGCCAAAGUAUGAGAAGUUCAGAUCAGAGCUGCUUAACAAAGACUUCCAAUUCAAAUUAGGUAUGGAGUUCAUAUCUCUUACUGAAUUUAAAGAUGCUAUUAGGGAGUGGUCAAUCUUAAAUGGUAGAGAGAUAAGUUUUGUUAAGAAUGAGUCAUAUAGGGUUAGGGUUGAGUGCAAGGGUAAAUGUGGCUUUUUAGCAUUGUGUAGCAAAGUGGGAGACAACCACACUUACUAGAUAAAGACAUGGGUGGGGACCCACACAUCUGCAAGGGUAUUGAAUAACAAGUCUGCCAAUUCCAAGUGGGUAUCUAAGUUAGUGGUAGAAAAGAGGAAGUCACAAGGUAAAGUCAAAUUUUCUGAAAUUAUGUCUGAACUUAGACAGAAAUAUUUAGUGGGCAUAAGCAAAGGGAAAGCUUGGAGAGCAAAAGCUAUGGCUGAGGAAAUAAUUGAAGGUGAUGCAAAGGAACAAUAUAAUAUGUUAUGGAGUUAUGCAGAUGAGUUGAGAAAACAUUGUGCUGGGAACACUGUCAAGCUGAACACUGAGAGAAUUAGUCCAACACUACCACCAAGAUUUGGUAGAUUUUACUUCUGUUUUGAUGGAUGCAAGAAAGUGUUUACCAAGGGUUGUAGACCAUUUAUAGGGGUAGAUGGGUGUCAUCUAAAUACACAAUAUGGAGGUCAGUUGUUAAUUGAUGUAGCAAGGGACCCAAAUGACUAAUAUUAUCCUUUGGCAUUUGGUGUGGUGGAGGCUGAGACAAAAGAAAGCUGGAGAUGGUUUAUGCAAUUGCUAAUGGAAGACAUUGGAGUUGGGAGAAAGUAUGUUUUUAUUUCAGACCAACAAAAGGGGCUUGUUAGUGUCUUUGAGGAAAUGUUUGAGCAAAAUGAACACAGGGUCUGCCUCAGACAUUUGUAUGCAAAUUUCAAGAAGAAAUUUGGUGGUGGAGCUGCCAUUAGGGACCUUUUAAUGGGGGCUGCAAAUGCAACAUACUUCCAGGCUUGGGAGAAGAAGAUGAAUGAGCUUAAACAACUUGAUAAGAAGGCAUGGGAUUGGCUGAUGGGAGUGCCAACCAAACUAUGGUGUAAGCAUUCAUUUUUAUUUUAUCCUAAGUGUGACGUUUUGAUGAAUAACUUGAGUGAAUCAUUCAAUAGUACCAUAUUACAAGCUAGGGAUAAACCAAUACUCACUAUGGUAGAAUGGAUUAGGAACUAUAUGAUGAAUAGGAUAGCUAAUAAUAUUGUGAAGCUUGAUAAGUGGAAGCACAAUGUCAUGCCCAAUCCUAGGAAAAGGCUUGAUAAGGAAACUCAUUUAAGUGGAAAAUGGAUGCCUACAUGGGGCAGUGGUGAUUUGUGGCAAGUCCAUCACCCAUAUAAUGGAUUGCAAUUUGUUGUUGAUCUUGGGAAAAAAACUUGCACUUGUUGCUUUUGGGAUCUUGUAGGCAUACCUUGUAGGCAUGGUGUUUCUGCAUUGCAAUAUCAGAAUUUAGAUCCUGAGAAGUAUGUUGAGCCUUGUUACAUGAGAGAAGCUUACAGGGCAUGUUAUGAAAACAAUGUGAGUCCAAUAAAUGGCAUGGACAUGUGGCCUACUGUGGAUGCUGAAGACUUGUUGCCACCACAAUACAAGAAGGGACCUGGAAGGCCUAAGAAAUUGAGGUUUAGAGAGUUGGAUGAGAGUGGUUCAAGGACGAGGAGGGUAGGUGUAGCAUAUAGAUGUACAAAGUGUGACAAAUUUGACAAUAAUUCUAGGAAGUGUCAAGCUAAGGAGCAAGAUCCUAAUGCACUGAAGAGAAAGAGAUAUACUCCCAGGACCAAAGUCUCUAAAAUAUCUGAAGCAACUACUGCAAAUGUUGAUGGAGGUGGGAGUGUGGCUGAUGGACAUCAAGAGGAUACUGCAAAUGUUGAUGGAGGUGGGAGUGUGGCUGAUGUACAUGUGGAAACUAAAAUAUGGGGUGUUACAGAAACAGACCCAGAGUUGGAUGCAUUGCUAAAUGAUAUGAUGGCUCUUUAUGAAGAACAACAAUCACAAGUUUACAACCCCACACAACCAGCUGCUAUGCAACCUCCUACAUCACAUGAAACUCAACCUGCUGCAAGGAAGGAAACACCCCAUGCUGUUACUAAUGUCAAAAAAUCUUCAACUAAGAAAAAGGUCAUGACUGGGAAGCCAUCAAGAAAGAGGGUCAGUGAAAGAUUGAAAUAA